ACAUCCAUAAGAAAGAGAGGGUAGCCCCCUCUUCUGGUUCUGUGAGAGUUCAACAUCCUGUAGCAGAUCUCCUGUGGACUCUGGGAUGACAGCUGAUCUACUGAGCUUCCUGCUGUUGCUGAUCUUCUCCCUGCUGAGGCUGAUGAGAGGUGACAAGGCUGUGUCCCACAUUCUCAUGGAUAUGGCACCAGAUUCCUUUGAUGACCAGUACCAGGGUUGCCAUGAGCAGGUAAUGGAAGAACUGGACCGAGGAGACUAUUUCCAAAAGGAAUUGGGUAAUAAUAAGAACUAUUCCAGCAUCUGGGAGAAAGCAAAGCUGGUCUGGUCAAAAAAGCCAAUGGCUCUGCUAAGGGAGAUGCAGGAGAAUCAUGCCGUAGCCCUCCUGGCUUACACCAUGAACACCUCGCUGCACUCUGAUUUGAACUGGGCUGUGUCCAGAGCUGGGACAUCCCCAGAGCACUACAGACACAGCUUCCCCUUCAAAUACCUCCACUUCUACCUGACUACAGCCAUUCAACUGGUGAGGAGAUGGAAGAGUGGCACCACAAGAAAAAAGUGCUACCAGGUGCACAGGGGAGUAAAAGGCCUGUAUUUUGAGGCUGAGUUGGGCACCAAAGUACGGUUUGGCCGCUUCACCUUCACUUCACUCCUCCGGAAGGAAGCCCGGAGAUUUGGGAAUGAAACAAUAUUCACUCUGAAGACUUGCUUAGGGGCAGUUGUGCAACGCUUCUCCCACUACUUCUCCGAGAGGGAGGUCCUCAUCCCACCCUAUGAGAUAUUUCAGGUCAGAAACUUCAGCCGAACACCAAGUGGUAACCAGCUGUAUCUGCUCUCUGUGGGAAAUUACAGUCAAUACAACUGCCAGCUCCUGAAAGCUUCAAGCAGCAAGAACUGUAUCCACAUUCCUCCAAUCGCUGCCUUUCUUUCUUGUGUGAUCAGUGCUUUCUUCUACUCCACCAGGCAAUGACUCUUUCCCUGAUCACAGAAGGAUUCAUGUGCUGCAUAGAGAGGAAUGAGUGACAGGUGCAAGGGAUUUACAGCUAACCAGUCACAAAGGUUACUGAUGCUACAAGGUGCUGAACACCUCCUGCGAUUUUACCUCUAACUCCCCCUGACUUCAAUGAGUUAAGGGUGCUCAGAAUUUCAAAGGAGGUGUUUAAUCCCUCGCAAAAGCAAGCCCCUAGGUGUACAUUCAAAAUAGGGAUGUAAAUAGGGUUUAAAAAUAAUAACUGUUUAACCUAUUAAAAUUCUAUUGGUUAAACUGUUAACCGUUAACGAGUUCACAUAGGAAGAGAACUAGGGGUGGGGUGGGCAGUGCUGCAGCACCCCCACGUUUUAUCCAGGGCUCCACUGCUGCCUGCACCCAGGAUCCUGGCUGCAGGCCUGGGCGCAGAGCUCUGCUGCCUCCCCAUGCCCAGGGUCCUGGCCCCGGGCCUGGGGUCCUGGCCACCUCCCUGGGCCUGACAUCCUGGCUGCUGGCCCAUCCUGGCUGCUGGCCUUGGGACCAGCAUGCCACUGCUGCCUGCCCAGCACCUGGGGUCCUGGCUGCUGCCCCAUGCCCAAUACUCCAUUGCCUCCCCAUGCCCAGGGUCCCAGUUGCUGGCUCCGUGCCUGGGAUCCCAGGACCCUGGGCACAUUGCCGGGAGCUGUGACCCUGGGUGUGGAGGGCAGAGGAGUUUAAUCGUUAACUGAAACCAGUAAGACUGUACUUAUUGGUUAACCGGUUAACCAGUUAAACUUUUACAUCCCUAAUUCAAAGUAGGAAGAUAAUGGGUCUGUGUGCGUAAGGAAGAGCACGGCAGAGACACCAGUCAAUUUAGGUACCUAGUCUGCAAGGCUUUGAAUACAACCAUACAGUAGGAACUCUUGAACUACUAUUCGUAUUAGCAUUUCUUUUGCAAGUCUCAGUAGGUUCUCUUGAGUUAGUAGUAAUAGCACCCUCUGGUGGACAAUAA